GGUGCUCGUCGUGACGUUGGCGCGAGGCAGUGUUGCUUCCCUUCAGAAAGCGUAUUCGGAGAAUACGCCGUGUUGCCUGGAGCCUUGAAGGGGUUUAUGUGGCGAAAAUACGUCUCUUCGCAUAGAAAGCGUAUUGGGAGAAUGCGUAUUAUGGCUGGUAGGUGGAUUCAAAAUUUUGAAAUUUGCCUUUCUGCAGGGGGGGAAACCGCAGCAGCAGCGGGGAGAGUUUGGUCGCCUGAGGUUUUUGCCUCGCCACGCCGGAGUGGCUCGCCGCCGCCGCCGCCGUGGUGGAAGGAGUCCGUUCCGGCUCGUCUCGCCGUCGCACCCCCCUCCGCUGAGCAAAACGGAACCAAUGAUGGACACUCUAGAGCUUGCAAGUGCAAUACCAGAAGCUGGAGAUGAGGCAUUUCAGAUUCACCGCUUGAAGCGAUCUGCAUAUGCUGCUGUGCUGAGAGCGUUCUAUGCUCAACCAGACCUUCUCUCAGGGGCCAAGGAAGGUAGUCUUGCAAAACUGAGAAGUGAAUUCACAAUAUUUGACACCGAGCACAGAGAAUAUCUAAUGAAGGCUAUCUCAGGAAGUCAGUCUUUGAGUGUUGGUUUGAACAAAGCAAGCAUUUGUAAUAUUGAAGUUACAAAGGAUUCUCUAGAUCUUGUACCCAUGAUAACAGAUGCUCAAGAUACUGCAUUUCAGAUUCACUGCUUGGAGCGAUCAGCAUAUGCUUCUGUGUUAAGAGCUUUCUUUGCUCAGUCAGAACUCCUCUCACGGUCACAGGCCAAGCUUCUCACUGAACUGAGGAAAAAACUUAGAAUAUCAGAUGCGGAGCUUAGAGAAGUUCUCAUGAAUGUCACUUCAAACGAGUAUAUCAAGUCUUUGCGGAAUUGUAGUUUGGCAAAUAACUCUGGUCUUAAGGAUCCUACUUUUGAUGCACGUGCCAUGGUUCCUGAUAAGCUCGUCAAAGAUGGACAAAGCUUCACCUCAUUCACAAACUGCAUCAGUUUGUCUCAGGAAUCACAAAUAUCACCGCGUUCAAUGCUAUCUGUGAGGAGUGUUGACAUAUUACGUAGCUCUCACAGGACCAAAAAGGGUCCCUGUCUUUAUCCCCAUGCAAUAGUUCCUGCUAAGAAGUACUCUGGAAAUGAGUACACAUUAUCAUACUUAAAAUCCUCUCCAGCUGAACAAUUGCCAGUUGCAGUUUCCUCUGUGCAGGUGAAACGUAGCACAGAUGAUCCGCUUGAUACUAAGACAUUACCUUGUGAAGUGAAGACUGGCUGCACUCUAUCUCCCAUCCAAUUAAAGCACAUCCAAGCAAAUGCUGGUCAUGUUCCUUUGUGUAUUCAUCAAGACAUGAAAGCAUCAAUGAAAAGGAAAACUGAAGUGCCAGAAGUGACAGGAUCUAAGAGCUUGACUGUCAUCGUGUCAACUGCUGGAAACAUAGAACAUGAUUUUGACAUCAUGAAGCUUGACCUAACUGCCAACCUCCUGAGCAAGGUUGAACAACUGUUUAGAGAAAAGCCAAACCCAGAUGAUUUAGAGACAGCAAAGGCGAUACUCAAGGAACAAGAAAAGGUCCUUUUAGAUGCAGUCCUUAAGCUUUCUGAAGUAUCAUAUGUUGAGGAGUGUUUCAGCACCAACUGCCAGCCAGAUGAGUUCAACCAGCACUAUGAGUAUGAGAGCGACGACGAGAUGCCGCAGAAGACAGCGAGCACAAACGACGCCGAGACGCCACCAAAACCGGUGAGCCCAAGCGACAAGGAGGCGCCUCCGCAGCCAGUGCCAGGACGUGGUGGUGGCGCCACCAGCAAGGGUAAGGCGAAGCCCCGCGACUCCGGCCGGAGCUCCGGCGGUGGCAGCGGAUCAGGCGGCCGGCUCGACGCAGCGGACGACCAACCCACCUCCGCCUCCACGUGCACAUCAUCAAGCACACUGUCGCCGCGAUCAGAACGAGAGGGGGAAGCCAAAGCCCAGCGCGCGCGCGGGAGGGUGUUUGAACCACCGGCCAAGCGGGCCCGGCGCCCCUCCGUGAGGCUCUCACGGUCGGAAUGGCUCUGGUGGUGAAUGCGCGCGCGACUGUGUUCAGCUGGAAGCCCCCGCAAUGUGAAUUCGCUUGACAACAACAUCAUGACUGACCAUCACCAACUCUGCUACUGCAAAAUUUGACAGUUUUUUGCUGGAGACCUCUCACCUCUGAUCAGGUAAAGUAUAGCUCUCGCCUCUGUCCGGCCUCUUAAGCUUUAAGCACAAAGUGGUACAUAGAACAUAGUUAAUGUAACUAGCUAGUCCUUUCUUCCAUGCACAUAUAGGUCCAUCGGUAGUCACUUUCAAUUAUCAAAACACAUUUUGAGACAGUUUCAUGUUCCCACUAGGUUAUACAGUACCUAAAAACAUUUCAUUACUCACUAUCUGCUAUGCACUUGUGGCAUAUUUUUUUGUGCUUUGCCAUGGAUUGGAAACAGUGAUAAAAUUGAUGGUUUUGAUAGUGUACUGAAUUAGGCUGCAUUCUCAGGCAGCUUUAAGAUGUUGCCUGCUAGUAGCAUAGUACUAUCCCUGCACUGCAGUUCUGGAAAGUGGUCGCUGGCUGUGCCCAUGUGAGUGAAGAUGGUGGUAAUGCCUGUGCCUUGUCUAUCCCAUGCAAUUCUCCCUAUUCGAGCUGUAGAUAUCAUGCCAUUAGGUACAGAGACUCGAGUGAACAGCAUUAGAUCUGAAAAACUUGCAUUGGCCUUUUAUAACUGCUCGCAGCUACCACUGGUCCCGGUCACAAGUACUUCAUGUUUUUUGUUGGUCUGUCCAGCUCCAGCAUGGUUAAACUGUACAUUCAUCACGGUUUUGUGAUGGCUGAGUGGCUUACUCAUGCAAGAUCUAGUUAUGCAGAGACAGGGAUUGGUCUUAACUCUUAAACAAAGUGUAUCAUCAUGAUGUGAUCGUCGUCUAAUCAAUAAAAGCUUCCUUCAUACUCC